AUGGCGCAGGUCCUUUCGAAGAGCAAUGAGUCGGCCAGGGCCCUCGAUGUGCCCUCCACGGUACCAGCAGGCCACCAGACUGUGGCCGCCAACUAUGUUGGGUAUUCUGUCGAGUUUGCAUUCAUGGCCGACUACGCCGGCAAUGACUCAUAUCCAAAUGAGUUCUCCAUCCGUCUUGUCGAGAACCUUUAUAACAUCACCGGCGAGUACCCGAUGUUCAGGGCCGGCGGGAGCUCACAGAACAGGGUUACAUACAACGCAAGCCAGGAGGUGGGCGUCAUCAACACCUUUGACAGCCCAACAGACCAGCAGCCAUCCGCCGUCAGCAUCGGGCCAGCCUGGGUGCAGUCGUUCCAGCAGUUGCCAGAGGGGACCAAAUACAUCUACGGAACUAGCUUCUAUGACCAGGACGAUCCUCUUUGCGGAGGCUGCGAUGGGCUCAACGAGACCGUUACCGAGGCGAAGCUCGUGUACGAUGGCAUCGGAGAGGCACUGUAUGGGUACGAAAUUGGAAACGAGGUCGACGGUUGGCCCGGUGGCUCUCGAAGACCUAUUAACUGGACGAUCAAUGUGUAUGUCGCGCAGUGGGCACAGUACGCAGAGGCCGUGCUGGAAGCCAUCGGGAUCGACGAGCCCCUCUUGCAGGGCUGCGCGUUUGAGGCACCGCGGCAUCUGGGGUACAAUGAGACGCCGUUCUGGAAUGUCGAGAAUGCAGUGGCUUUUGGCAUGAACAAGACCUUGGCCGUGACGGUCGCAGACCACGACUACAUGGGCGCGGCGUGCGACACCACCAGCUACCCGACCAUCGAGGGCAACCUCUUGAACCACACCCAUGUGACCAGCAUCCUCUACUACCACGACUACCUGGGCAACGCGACCGCCGGUUCCGGCAUCCCGUAUGUGCUGGGCGAGACCAACAGUAUCUCGUGCCAGGGACAGCCAGGUAUCUCGGACGUCUUCGCCGCAGCCUUGUGGUCUGUCGACUACGUCAUGUACCUGGCCAGCCUCAAGGUGGAGCGAGUCUAUUUCCACAGCGGCACAAGCUUCUUUUACAGCGCCUGGCAGCCCAUCGAGUGGAACGGUACCGCCGCGCACGUGAAUCCGCUGUACUACGGCAAUCUGUUCACGUCAACGGUACUCGCAGGCGGGAAUAAGCAGGUCGCCGUCCUGGCGAACGAGACAAGUUUCACUGCUUAUGCUGUGUAUGAUGCAAACAGCACCGCGCUGCAGUCUGUGGUCAUUGCGAACCUGGAUAUCUUCAACUCCACCAUGCCGGCGGAGGAUCGGUCGUACAUCACCGUGCAGCUCCCAACCGAGUUUGAGGGGGGCGCAGUCCGGCGGCUGACGAAUCCUGGUGUUGAUACUGCCGAGAACAUUACCUUUGCAGGCCAGUGGAUUGGGGAUGAUGGAUCUGUCCUUGGGUCCGAGGUUGUGGAGCCCUUGGAAAAUAGUACUGUCUCUGUCGGGGCUGGUGAAGCAGUUCUGGUCUCUGUAUGA